CCUCUCCCUAGAAAAGGGUGACUGGUAUUGGGUUGAAGUCCGCUGGUUGCAGAUUGCUAGCAAGCUGAAGUCGACCGCAAGAGUGUUUAAACCGGGACCUCUGCUUUGCAGUAUUUUCUCGAGAUAACGUAUCCAUUGGGAAGAAGAGUUGAUUUUGCAAACAAGACUAUAGUUUGAGCCAUAAUGGAACAAGCAGUUGGUGAAUCAAAAGAGACACAUUCAACAAAAGACAUUUCCAAAGCCAAGAAGUGCACGGUGAUUGGAGGCUCUGGGUUCCUGGGGCAGCACAUGGUGGAGCAGUUGCUGGCACGAGGCUAUGCUGUCAAUGUAUUCGAUAUCCGCCAAGGGUUUGAUAACCCCCAGGUGCAGUUCUUUAUAGGUGAUCUCUGCAGCCAACAGGACCUGUACCCAGCUCUGAAAGGUGUAAGCACAGUUUUCCACUGUGCGUCACCCCCACCAUCCGGUAACAACAAGGAACUCUUUUAUAGAGUGAAUUUCAUUGGCACCAAGAAUGUCAUUGAAACCUGCAAAGAGGCUGGGGUUCAGAAAUUGAUUUUAACCAGCAGUGCUAGUGUCGUCUUUGAGGGUACGGACAUAAAAAAUGGAACUGAGGACCUCCCUUAUGCCUUGAAGCCCAUUGACUACUACACAGAGACCAAGAUCUUGCAGGAGAAAGCAGUACUGGAUGCCAACGACCCUGAGAAGAAUUUCUUAACCACAGCCAUUCGUCCUCACGGCAUUUUUGGCCCAAGGGACCCCCAAUUAGUCCCCAUCCUAAUUGAUGCGGCUAGAAAGGGCAAAAUGAAGUUCAUGAUUGGAAAUGGGGAGAACCUGGUGGACUUCACCUUCGUGGAGAAUGUGGUUCAUGGACAUAUCUUGGCAGCCGAGCACCUCUCCCAAGAUGUAGCUCUGGGUGGGAAGGCAUUUCACAUUACCAACGAUGAACCAAUUCCUUUCUGAACGUUCCUGUCCCGCAUUCUGACAGGCCUCAAUUAUGAGGCCCCCAAGUACCACAUCCCCUACUGGGUGGCCUACUACCUUGCUUUCCUGCUAUCUCUGCUGGUGCUGGUGGUCAGUCCUCUCAUCCAAAUCAAGCCGACUUUUACACCAAUGCGGGUGGCAUUGGCUGGCACAUUCCACUACUACAGUUGUGAGAAAGCCAAAAAGCUCAUUGGAUACCGGCCACUGGUCACCAUGGAUGACGCCGUGGAAAGGACUGUGCAGAGUUUCCACCACCUGCGGAAGAACAAAUGAUGUGCCCCAGAGCCCUCCCCAAUAAUUUUUUCCUCUCUGUUCUGAUGAGCCAAUAUCCUUAAUUGAGUUUCUUCUGAGCUAUGUGCCCCUUGCUGGUGACAAGAGCAGAUGUCUCUUCCAGGGUAGCAUUGGACUUCCUAAAGCAGGCAGAUGCAUAAUCUACUGUUUUGGUCUUUCUCUCUCCCUCCCCCUGAGUAUACCAACAUAAAGUGAAAACCACAAGACUUUGAUCGAGGUCUUAAAAACUGAAGCAAAACCAGAAUUGUUGACACAGAGUAAGACUUAGACAUACAUUUCAUAUGUUCCUAGUAGAAUAGUUAGAAGUGUUGAUGACUGUAACCCCAGCUA